AAUUGGUUCCGGCGGGCGGAUCACUCGGUGCGGAGACCUCGGCCUGUGGAGAUGGAAUCAUCCUGUCGUAAGGAGAAACCAAAGCCAAAAGAGCCAGCCUACCGCGGCGACAAAGCCAAACAGAAAUCUGCGCUACAAGAACUCAAACAGAGACAGCGAGCUGAGAUCUACGCCUUGAACAAAGUGAUGACAGAACUGGAACAACAACAGUUUGAGGCUUUCUGCAAGCAGAUGCAGUCACAGAGUGAAUAAAGACAGCACGGACUACCUAAUGCUCCACAACCCAGAACAGGCGGCUUUGUUUUAUCACUAAAUGCAUAUGAAAGAUGAUGAAUUACAAAUAAUGUGAUCCUGCUCUCUAACCAUACAUAGACCUCAUCAUGUAAAAAGACCUCAACCUCAGAUUGCAACUUCUUGCCAGCAGAAUAGGACCACUUUGAGUUACCUUGUUUCACUCAAGUUAAAAUGUUUCUUAUUACUGUAAGGCCAGGCCAGAAAUCAGCUGGAAUUGUCACUCCUGAUUGCUGUCCUAUAUAUCCUCCUGAAUGCAAUCCAUGUGCCAAGAAGCUGAAGACCAGAAAGGGCUUCAACUACAAUGCCACUCCACCCACCCCGACCCCCCCCCCCCCACCCCACCCCACCCCACCCCCCCAAUGCUGGGACAGCCUUCCAGUGCUUAUUGUCCAAGCUAAAUGAAGAAUAGUCAAUUGAGUGAAGUGCUGAGAAUUGCCUGCCAUUGCUUAAAUCUAAAUUUGAAACCCAGAAUCACGUUGACUUACCUUCUCUUACUUUGCUGGUCCUCUGCCAUCUAAUGAACUGGGAGAAGAAGAAUUCUCACAAGCAGUGUAUUUACGUUUGAUCUUGUGUAAGGAAGUUGGAGCAAAUCAUCGUAUCUGCUGCUCCUGGAAUCCUGUAAUGGACGCCACAUUUCACCAUUCACUCCAUUUCCUAUUGAUUCCAUCCAAUGAGUAAUACAAUUCGUUUUCAACAUCUCCUGAAAAAUAUCAAGCAGUCCUAAUGUUACAUCUGCCUUUUGAAAUUGACAUGUGAAUUCUCCAGGAGUCUGUUCCAAAUGUGCUCUUGCCUUUUGGAGAAAAGUUGCCUUUUCCUGACUCCUGACUGUGAAGUUUACGGUUGCACCCUUUUAUUUUGUACUGGUCAUGCAAGCUAUCCCAUCAUCCCACAAUUAAUUUGUUUUGCUUUCUUGGACCCAGAAGAAUUAGGAAGCUUCACUUUUCACCCAGUGCAAAGAAACUGGAAAAAUCUGGAGAUGAUGCCUGACCUGAGAGUAAGGCAGUGAGACUCCCAUCUCCAGCUUUGCAGUGCCAGUGCAGUUGCUUGUAAAUGCAUUGUUAUCUAGGAUCAAUUUAGAUAAGUUUGAAAGAGCCUUUAGAACAACCUUGCUGUCCUAAGUACAACAAAUUGAUUGCUUUUUCAAUGUUUUUUUUCUAUGUGGAUCUAUUUCAAAUACAAGAGUUUCAUCUAUGCCAUGCAGGUCUCCAUGAAUGAUGAUGCAUCAGUUAAUCUGCAACUGAGAUGGAUAAAAAUACUAUCAACCUACCCAAGACAGAAUAUCGGAGUUUCAUCAUCACGAGAAUUGAGGCCAGGAUAAAAAAAUCUGACAUUUUCUUGGAUAGAUCAGGAAAAAUGUAAGCUGUAAAAUUCUUGAAUCCUUUGCAAAGGGAGUAUUCAAAAUUGAAUUGUAAAAUGGUGCACAGCAGUCUUGCAAGUUAGGUCACUACUUUGAUGGGUCUUCAUUUUUCAACUGGAAGUACUUUCCAACCAAACCUUUUUAAAGAAAAUGUAUAUUUAUAAAUUUGUUAUUAGAUGUUUAAUUAUUUAUUGUUGUAAUUAUGCGUAUAGUUUGUGCCUUGUGUUAUUUCAGGAUCCCCAAGGAGAGCACUGAUAACAACCCAAGUGAAGCAAGGUGGGUGCUGCUGUAAAUGGCCGUAAGCUUGAAGUACAGGAAAAAAGGUUAUGAAAGUUGUUGAUGUAUAAACCUCUUGCUCCAAAGGAAACCAGCCUUGUGCUGUGUUCUGGAGUCAUAUCAUUGAAGUCACAGGCAGGAAGAAGCAGUCUGCAUCCCAGAGCAUUUUACUGGGACAGAGCUACCCAGUCCUGGAGAGGAACACCACUGUCGAAGUCAACAGCAAAAUCAGUUGUCACCCAAGGUAACUCCAUGGCAGGAUGCAGCAAACUGUCCCUCAUCAGUGAGUAUCAUUAGAACUGACCUGGUGGAGGGAGAUACAAAUUAUUCAUUGACAUCUUGUACAUUAAGUCUCACUUGUUAAGAAUGUUGCAGAUUUCAUCCUGUUUGUUUUAAACAUUGAAAAAGGAAUCAUCUGAAGAAACGCUAACCUCUGCUCUUAAAUCAGUUUCCCUUCUGUCUUUAUUCCCUAAAGUCCCAACGGUUCUAAAGUCCUUCAUUAGCUGAUUAGGUAUAAAGUGCUUUUAGAAGUCUUAGGAACAGUAUUAUAAAUGCAAGUCCUUUCCUUUGAUGUCAGCACUGGAUAGAUGAAAUGUGUUGCCCUUUAACACAAGGAGCAAAACCAGAGCUUGUCUCCUUCUGUCUCUAUCUUUAAUUGUGAGGAUUGAUUGUUUGAAUUUUAUUAUGAUUCCUGAGGUUACGUAUAAGGUUUAUAUAUUAAUGGAGAGUGUUGUAGACGACCUCUACGCAAAUAAAACCAGAAAAUGCUAAAAAUAUGCGAGGUCAUACAGCAUCUGUGGAGUGAGAAACAUAAUUAACAUUUCAGGUGGAUGACCUUUCUUCAGAUCAUCUCCAGACUGAUCAACUCUUUCAGCCAAUAUUUUGGUGACUUUAGACAUGAUCAGACACUUUUAGGAAUGUAAAGACAUUGUAAAAUUGGUAUCUGCGGAUCCUAUGUAUGGAUCACGUUACUGUUGUGUUAUCCAAUCACCAACUCACAUUUUGUUAGGUUCCAUUGACAAAUUUGCCAUUAUGUUACAAAGGGUCAAGAUGGCCUUGUACACAUCACUUUUGCUCAAAAAAAUAUUGGUCUGGAGUUUAAAGCUACUAGUAUGGAUAGUCCUCAGCAGCACAUAAAAGUUGGGUACAGAAAUGAUGACAGUGGUUUGCUCCAAGCCAAGGUCUGACUAUCCCUGAUUGACCAUGGUUGUCUCAGGUCUGGUUCUCAGGCAAUGUUGAAUUAGCUGGUUUCUUCCUGCAAUCAUUCUAAGAAACAAUCAAAAUUAGCCCAUACCACACCUUGAACCUGAUCUGCUAUAUAAUAAGGUAAUGGCUGAAUUAUGUCAGCUUCAUUGUGCCCUAUUCCCACAUUUUGAUUUCUUCAAUGCUCAAAAAUGUGUUGAUCUCAAUCAGUGAACAACCACAGCUCACUGGAAUAGACAAUUCGUCCGAGUGAAGACAUUUCAGUCUCAAAUGACUGACCGCUGGUUGUGGACUGUAUUGCACCAAAAGCACAGCAAUUAGCCAAGGCUUCCACUCCAGGUAGCUUUUCAACCACUUCCACAGAAAUGUACUGGCAUCAGAAUUCUUCACAGACUGGUGUAUUUCACACACAAGGCUAAAAAAUACAGCUGAGCGAGAGCCCAAAGGAUUAUCGCCUGCAUGCUUCAAUGAGCAAGGUUAACAUCUGAAAAUAAUAAAGGAGGAAAACAGGGAAAAAUUGGGGUCCUUUUUCAUUCAGCCAUAUGAAGGGUCCCACCUGAAAUAUUAAACUGUUUCUGUUUGACUUGUGAAUGACAUUUGGCCUUUCAGCGUCUUCUGCUUUUAUUUUCAACAUUAAAAGUCUAAUAUUUUAUGUAGUGUCCUUUGCCAUCUAAAACACUUUACUGCCAAUGAACCAGUUUUGAUGUGUAUUUACUGUUGUGAGGUAACCAAGCAGUCAACUUUCAUAGAGUAGUUAAUCUGUCUUUUGUGAUGUUGGUUAAUAGAUGAGUAUUGACCAAGACACUGAGGAGGAUUUCCUUUCCUGCUCUUCCAGUUGUAGUGUAGUAUAAUAAUUCAGGGCCUUGAUUCAGCUUCACAUUUGAAGGACAGCACCCCCCCCCCCCAGUGCAGUAUUCCCUCCGUACUGAAUUACAUUGUCCACCUAGAUUAUGUACUGAAGUUUGUAAUGACAAUGAGUCAAGUUCCUGGGCUCACAGAGAUAAAGACACAACCCGAGUCAAGGUGAGCAUCCAUACCUCAUCAAAGAAACAUGAGUCUAUUGUGACUUAAGUAAGUCUGUUUCCCUGUAAAAUGUGCAUUUAAUUGAUUUUGUUUUCUGAACCUGUUCUAUUUUCCUUUCAUUCUGUUUCUUCAGCACAAAUUGUUGAAGAAACAUUGUGAGCCGAAGGGCCUGUAUUGUGCUGUACUGUUCUAAAUCUCUGGCCAAGCCCAUGCAAAAUCAUGAUUAUUGCAUCCAUUCGAGAUACUGCGUAGGACUCUUAAACAGGUACUGUAGACCUGCAAAAUUUGGAUUUCAUUUUGCACAAAACAAGGUAGCAUUUGUUGUAUUUGUGAAUGUUAACAUGUACCAGAGGAGUGACUGUUUACACAUAACAUUGCUGGAUACCUAGCCUAAAGCUGAAGUAAAUCAAUAAACUCUUUUAUUGCUAUAUCAGUAGCUUCAUGCAAAGUUCAGUGGGCCUGUACUAAAUAAAAAAUGCCUGAGAAUGUUCCUGCGACACAUUUGAGUUAAUAACCUAGAAAUUCCUUUCCUUUA